AUGGGGACGCUGCGGGAUUUACAGUACGCCUUGCAAGAGAAGAUCGAGGAGCUGAGGCAGCGGGACGCGCUCAUCGACGAGCUGGAGCUCGAGCUGGACCAGAAGGACGAACUGAUCCAGAAGCUGCAGAACGAGCUGGACAAGUACCGCUCCGUGAUCCGGCCCGCCACCCAGCAGGCGCACCAGCAGGGCUCCGGCACCUUGCAAGGGGAGCAGAGGACCAAGCGGCAGGCCAUUUCCGCCGAGCCCACCGCUUUUGACAUCCAGGACCUCAGCCAUGUCACCCUGCCUUUCUACCCCAAGAGCCCACAGUCAAAGGAUCUAAUAAAGGAAGCUAUUCUUGACAAUGACUUUAUGAAGAAUCUGGAGCUGUCACAGAUCCAAGAAAUUGUGGAUUGUAUGUAUCCAGUGGAAUACGGCAAAGACAGUUGCAUCAUCAAAGAAGGAGAUGUGGGUUCACUGGUGUAUGUCAUGGAAGGGGACCACGUCCAUGAGCUUUCUUGUAAAUUUGACCAAGUAGAAAGUUUACUGAAACAACUACCAAAUAAAGCACAAGAUCCGAGUGAGGAACUGAGAUUGGAAGAAGUGGAAAUAUCAGAGACUAAACUGUUUAAAGUGAAAAUGAAGAACAUAUCUGCAUGCCUGUCUGAAGUGAAAGAACCACAAGAUACCAAGACGGAGGAAUGGAAGACAAUUUUAAGCAUGACUAAUACAUUAUUUUUGGAUAUAGCAAGUAAACAAAGAGAGAGUUCUACUCCCAUACUGAAAUACAACAGGAGUAACCUACAAUUGUAG